UUUAUCUUUGUCAGAGUUUGGUGUCUACCAGUUUUCAGACUCUCAGGCCAUUUGUCCUGCACCCAUCUAUCUCCCCCUCUCUUCUAUUUGUGUGAGUCUGCAAAAAACACAUAAAACAAAGCCAAAAUGGAGGCCAUCAAAAAGAAGAUGCUUAUGCUGAAGUUGGACAAGGAGAAUGCACUGGACCAGGCUGAACAAGCUGAGGCAGACAAAAAAGCAGCUGAGGACAGAAGCAAGCAGCAUGAAGAUGAACUUCUGCAAAUGCAAAAGAAGCUGAAGGGGACAGAGGAUGAGCUUGACAAAUACUCUGAAGCCCUGAAGGAUGCUCAGGAGAAGCUCGAGGUGGCUGACAAGAAGGCUGCUGAUGCUGAAGCAGAAGUGGCUUCCCUAAACAGACGUAUCCAGCUGGUGGAGGAGGAGUUGGACCGAGCUCAGGAGAGACUGGCAACCGCUCUGCAGAAGCUGGAGGAGGCUGAGAAGGCUGCUGAUGAGAGCGAGAGAGGCAUGAAGGUGAUUGAGAACCGGGCUCAGAAGGAUGAGGAGAAGAUGGAGCUCCAGGAGAUACAGCUGAAGGAGGCUAAACACAUCGCAGAAGAGGCCGACCGCAAGUAUGAAGAGGUGGCUCGUAAACUGGUGAUCGUAGAAGCAGAGCUGGAGCGUACAGAGGAGAGGGCAGAACUGGCUGAGGCUAAAUGUGCUGAACUGGAAGAGGAACUGAAGAACGUCACCAAUAACCUGAAAUCUCUGGAGGCCCAGGCUGAGAAGUACUCUCAAAAAGAGGAUAAGUACGAGGAAGAGAUCAAGAUCCUGACUGACAAGCUGAAAGAGGCUGAGACCAGAGCUGAGUUUGCUGAAAGAUCUGUGGCCAAGCUUGAGAAGACUAUUGAUGAUCUGGAAGAUGAGCUUUAUGCACAGAAGCUGAAGUACAAAGCCAUCAGUGAGGAACUGGACCACGCCCUCAAUGACAUGACAUCUAUCUGAACGUCCUGAGGGUCCAUCCUUCUGCCAGGUUGUGGUUUCAGGACUCAGCCUUUUACAGUUCAACAUCAUCUCUUGGUUAAAUUUUUUCCUCAGUCUGCACCGUCCACAACCCAACUGCCACCCUCUACCCUUUUCAUCUCAUCUAUGUUUCUUCAUUCCUCAACUGUUGAAAUCUGUGUGCCUGUUGUAAUGUUUUACUACUUUUUCAAUGUCUCGGCAGAUCUUGUCCCUUCUCUGGUCACCUAAAAGCUAUUGUUAAUUGGAUGUUUCUCUUCACUGCUCUGUACUGGUGUUAAAUAAAAGAAGAAUACAUGUUUCAGUUAA